CCAGGCACGGCCGAAGUCCUUCUCGCGACAAUCAUCCCCACAGAUCUUCUCCCCCAGACUCCCGAGCUUCCCCUAACUCCUGUGUCGAGUCUGUGUCUUGAAUGCCUUCUUGGAGCCGAAAUGGUCAGUCCACGGGACCUCCGAGUGACGUAUCCCGUAGUUGCCGCAUUCUUUCCGAUCUGCGAGAGCGCGCAGCAAGGAGGGCCUUUCCUGACGCCUGUUUUUGCUAUUUCUCAUCCGCGACCGCAGACCGAGCUUCGGUGCUCGACAGCCAUGGCCUGGUGGGUGGCGAGACCAAAAUGAAUUUGAAGUCUAUUUGGCCACGGAGCCUGCGAUCGGGCUGCUUGACGGGGGUCUUGGCGCUCGUGGUUUGCAACUCGCUCGCGUCUCAGGGGGUUCUCAUGACCAGACGUCAUCUCCACUGCUGGGUAUAGGAGGUCGCGCAGGUUCCCCUUUGUGGGGUCAGCUGCCCUGCUUCCGGAACCCCGCAAACCGUCACGUAAUGAGGCCUAUCAGCGCGUUUGAAGGCUAUAUGAACAGGUGAGCGCUGCCGUGCACCUCCUCGAUAGCUCUCCUCUUCACAGCACAAUCUCCAAGAUGGCGACCGCACAUACCGACCUCCCGACGACGAAGCGUCUCGGCAUCACCACCAAGGACGUCACGUCCGCCGACGCAGACAAGGUCGCGACGGAGUGGCUCAAGAAAUUCGAGGAGAACAUCCUCGAGAACGACAUCGACGGCGUGCUCUCGCUCCUGACCGACGACGCCUGGUGGCGCGACCUGCUCGCGAUGACCUGGGACCUGCGCUCGUUCCAGGGGCCGGCGCGCAUCCGCCGCUUCCUCGAGGACCGCCUGCAGCCGGCGCAGCUGCACAACUUCCGGCUCACGUCCGCGCAGGCGGACGACCUGUACGCGGACCUCGCGUGGGUGCGCGUGCACUACACGUGCGAGAACGAGGUCGGCGCGUGCAGCGGCGUCGCGCGCCUCGUGCCCGUGCGCGGCACCUGGCAGGCGCACAACGUCUUCACGAACCUCGAGGCCCUGCACGGCCACCCCGAGGCGUCGGGCCCGCUCCGCGACCCCGCGCCGAACCACGGCAAGUGGCUCGAGCAGCGCGCGCGCGCGCGCGAGUUCGUGGACCGCGACCCCGAGGUGCUCGUCGUCGGCGGCGGGCAGUCCGGCCUCGAGAUCGGCGCGCGCCUCAAGCUCCUCGGCGUGCCGACGCUCGUGUGCGAGAAGCACAAGCGCAUCGGCGACAAUUGGCGCCACCGCUACGCUGCGCUGUGCUUGCACGACGUCGUCUGGUACGACCACAUGCCGUACAUCCCCUUCCCUGCGAGCUGGCCCGUGUACACGCCCGCCCAGAAGCUCGCGGACUGGCUCGAGUACUACGCGAACGCGAUGGAGGUCGACUACUGGACCGACGCCAGGGUCAUCAACGCCCGGCGCGAGGCCUCGGGCCCGAACGCAGGCAAGUGGCAGGUCACGGUCGAGCGCGGCGACAAGAACCGGGUGCUCUAUGUCGACCACGUCGUCUUCGCCAUCGGCGUCGGCGGCGGGACGCCGAACAUGCCCAAGAUCCCCGGCAUGGACGAGUUCGAGGGCCAGGUGCUGCACUCGACGCAGCACGACAAGGCGACGGACCACGCGGGCAAGAAGGUCGCCGUCGUCGGCGCGUGCACCUCGGCGCACGACAUCGCGGCGGACUACGCGGACAACGGGGUCGACGUCACGAUCGUCCAGCGCGCGUCGACGUACAUCAUGACCAACAAGGAGGGCAUGCCCCGGCUGAUGAAGGGUGUGUAUUGGGAGGACGGCCCGCCGACCGAGGUGGGCGACCUCAUCGACAACUCGAUGCCCAUCCUCUACCGCAAGAUGGUGCACAAGCGGAUCACGAAGGACAUUGCCGAGGCCGACAAGGAGCUCCUCGACGGCCUGCACAAGGUCGGCUUCAAGACCAACCUGGGCGUCGACGGCUCGGGCUUCCUGAUCCUCGCCAUGCUGCGCCUCGGCGGGUACUACCUCGACGUCGGGGCGUCGCAGAUGAUCGUCGACGGGAAGAUCAAGCUCAAGUCGAGCGGGCCGAUCAAGCGGUUCACGAAGGACGGGCUCGUGUUCGAGGACGGGUCGGAGAUGAAGGCGGACGUGGUGCUGUUCGCGACGGGCUACGGCGACCCGCGGGGCCCGAUCCGGGACAUUGUCGGGCCUGAGGUGGGCAAGCAGCUGACGCCGGUGUGGGGCAUCGACGACGAGGGCGAGCUGCGGAGCUGCUGGAAGGAGAUCGGCGUCGAGAACCUGUGGCUCAUGAUGGGCAACUUUGCGUGGUGCCGGUUCUACUCGAAGAGGCUUGCGCUCCAGAUCAAGGCCAGGCAGGAGGGCAUUAUGGGCGAGAGGUACUCUGCGCCCGUCAAGUGGUGAGCGGUCUCGCGACAGACAUGGAAGCGGCGGCUCUGGACUUUGGAGGUGAAGAAAGGAAUAAAUUUGCAUGUGAUGACCGGAUGUGUACUGUAUAUCUCUGUAAGUUCCGUACUAUAGCAUCUUGUAUUUGUAGGAAGAUACGUCUGUUGCGACCGCGAAACCGAGUCGUGUCCAAGUCCAGCGGACCCAUUAAUGUAACAUUAGAGCGGACCCACUUGGUCAUAUGCGGCGACGCUUGCAUUCACACUUGCCAAUUCAUUUUUCCUCGAAGGACGCCACAAGG